AAUUCAUCUAGAAUUAAGGUUUAUAAUCCACCUUAACUCCCUCUACUACUUCUUCGAUCGCCCAGAGCCAGCGACAUAUAGUGCAUGUACAAUUCAGCUAGAUAAUGGCUACUAACCAAAGCAAAGAAGUGAUUGUAACACAGGCAAUCGUGGCCAGCGAGCCACUGGAGCCUUUGAAACCGAACUAUUCAUUGGAAGACGUCGAUGUCUAUCCGCCAGCCGAAGGUGAUAUACUUGUUGAAGUACGUGCUGCGGGUAUCUGCCAUACAGAUAAUCUGUUAUGCUCGGUACCUCGUGGUAUUCAUGGGGUGAUUUAUCCAAAAGUUGGUGGCCAUGAAGGUUCUGGAAUAGUGAGAGCCAUAGGAGCCAAUGUUCGAUCCGUCAAAGUUGGAGAUAGGGUAUUAUUAUCUUUUUACUCGUGCUCUUCCUGUGGUCAAUGCCAAGACCAGCAUCCUGCCUAUUGCCAAAAGUUUCAAAGCGAAAAUUAUCCAGGACAGCAGGGAUUCAUGAAGUUACAUAAAACUGAUGGUGAAUUAUGGUCAAAAUUUUUUGGGCAGUCAAGCUUUUCCCAUUACAGCAUCGUGGCUGAACAAAGCGUUAUUAAUGUUGAGUCUAUUCUCAAUAGUGAUGACGAGCUCAAGCUCUUCGCACCGCUAGGUUGUGGAUUUCAGACUGGAAUGGGUAUUAUUCAAAAUAUUACACAGCCUAAGCUGACGGAUGUUAUUGUAAUACUUGGUAUGGGAGCAGUUGGAAUGGGGACGCUCAUGACUGCCAAAAUCCAUGAUUGCAAAACAAUAGUCGCUGUUGAUCGAAUUGGAUCUCGCCUUGAGCUUGCCGAAAAACUAGGUGCAACACAUAUCAUUAAUACGAAAGAUCUCAAGAACAACUCACUGAAGAAUACUAUUUUCUCUAUGUUCCCCGAUGGUGUCAAUAUCUUUGUUGAUACUACUGGGUCUCCGACCCUACUCGAGCAAGCCCUUGAAAGCAUCUGCAAGCUUGGCAAAUUAGUCGUCGUAGGUGUACCUCCUACGGGAUAUGAACUAAGUUUCGAUGUUACGAGGCAUAUUAAUAUGGGACGAUCUAUAGUAGGAUGUAUAGAAGGGGAUUGUGUUCCGAACAGGGAUAUCCCUCAGAUGAUAAAGUGGUAUCGUGAGGGCAAAUUUCCAAUUGACCGAUUGGUGCAGUAUUUUAACGCGACUGACUUUCAGCAAGCAUUUGCGAGUUUCAAAGAUGGAUCAGUGAUCAAGCCAGUUCUAGUAUGGACAUAGUCGCAUCAGUCAUGUUACACUAGUACUUCAACGGUUACAUAAGAGAAUUAUUGA